ACGGCGGGCGGGGCGCCGGCGCAGGCGCAGGUCCUAGGCGGCUGGGUCAGCUGACCCGAGGGACACGCUCAAACCGUUUUAGGCCCCUUCCCUCGGCCUCAGAGUCGCCGCCGCCAUGGCCAGCCAGUCGCAGGGCAUCCAGCAGCUGCUGCAGGCCGAGAAGCGGGCCGCCGAGAAGGUGUCGGAGGCCCGCAAGCGUGAAAAUGUAAGGCUGAAGCAGGCCAAAGAAGAAGCUCAGGCUGAAAUUGAACAAUACCGCCUGCAAAGAGAGAAGGAGUUCAAGGCCAAGGAAGCUGCGGCUCUGGGAUCCCAUGGCAGCUGCAGCACCGAAGUGGAGAAGGAGACCCAGGAGAAGAUGACCAUCCUCCAGGCCUACUUCCAGCAGAAC